AUUGGUCACACCAUCCUUGAUACUGAAUCCAAGCAAAUGCUCGAUUCGUUGUUCAUUGCAAAACAAGCGGAUCCACCGUACUGAUCGGCAACACUCUCACCAGUAUGAAUAUGGUCAUUAAUACACUGGCACUGUUUCUAUCACCCGAAGAACGAAGUCGGUCAAGUCACGCACAAAAGAAUCACAAGUACAUGGUCAACCUCUAUCUACAAGGAAUCUUGAUCCAGGUAGAGGCUCAUGAAAAAUGGUCAUUGAAAGAUGAUGAGCUGACUGAAUGCAUGAUUUGACGACAGGAUAUUGAGCAUACGGAACC